AUCCAUGUGGUCUUGUCAGGUAGGCGGUCCAACGACGUCAGCGCGCUCGUCUGGAAGCGAUUGCCGGGACGCUCCUGCGAGAGUAAGCGAGACAGAUAAAACGCCUAAGAUCGAUGCGCGAUCGUGAAUGGCGAGCGGAUUUUCAAUUUGAUUUGGACGCCAUUGUCAAGAACAGCUGAGUAAAGGUAGCUACGAGAUUGCAGAUAAGUGCGGUAACUUUAGAAAUUUUUAACAUGUUGGUUGCACGCCGGUUACUAUCGCGCAUUACUUCGUUAAUUAUACGGUGAACCAAUCAGGAUAAUAGCUCAACGGGUCACGUGAUUCGUUGCACACGAAGCUACAUUCGAAUAAUCAACAUUUUGUGGUUUACGCAAGUUGUCGUUACAUCGAUUAAAACGAAGCCGCGUUUCCGUCACGUAAGCGCGUAUCGGAUGCGUGCCGCGAGUGAUUUUCGUCAGUCGCACAAAGGAAAUCGCGUGUCAGCUAAUAACUGCCUGAAAAAGGGGGAAGGAAACGCGUAACAAUCGCGCUGCGAAUCACAUCGCCGACGCGAUCGCGUAUCCGCCAUAUGCCGUGCGUAAUUUUUACGGGAACGGUGCUUCGGAGUGAUAAUAAACGUUUCUCCGUUCGCGUAUAUGUGUGUUAGUGCAUCGAUUAUAUGUUUCGUGCGGUUUUUGGCGAUCGCGAAGCGAACCCGCGUAUCGUCGUUGGAACUCGAAAGGAGAUAUCGAAAGGGAACAACAAUGUUCGAAGGUGUGCGAGGAUUCGCGGUGCUGCCGAAAGCGCGACUUCGUCCUCCGAUGAGACUCGAAGCGGGAUGUCCGUGGGUUCGGGCGGGCGGGCACCGUUUAAGCGGACCACGCAGAAUACUCUACCGCUUGCGAAAAAGUCCAACGACAAUCGGGCGAAGCCCUCAGGACCGACGGCGGCAGCAGCAACAGCAGCAACAACAACAACAACACCGAAACCAGCGCCGAGCGCAGGACGGAAGAAGGACGCGGUCGCGUCGCUCUUCAGCGCAAGGAGGCCGGCGAGCAGAAAAGUCGAGCGCACCGUCGUCCGCGGAGGACCCAAGGCGACGAAGCCGGCGGACCAGCGGCUAAAAGGACAGCCCAGCCAGCAGCAAGCGGCGCAGCAGCAACCGGCGUCGCUGCGCCAGGCGCCGAGCGCCUCCUCGCUGGAGGCGAAGAGCGACGUUCCGUCGGCCGGGAACAACUGGGCCGGCUCUUUGGGUAGCAAGGAGCCGGCCAGACCCAAGGCGACGACGACCGCGGCGAAGAGCUCCGCCAAGGCCUCCAGGAUGCAGGAGCUGGAGCGUGAGAUCGAGGUCCUGCGCAAGGAUCGCGCGCGUCUCGAGGCGAAUCUACGCGACGCGGCCUCCGACGUUCAGAAUCUGCGCGAGCUGCGUGCCGAACUCGCUUCUCUCAAGGAGCAGCACAGUCUGGAGCUAGAACGUCUUACUGAGGAGAACGAAGCACUUCGCGUUCAUCUGAGGAACGUGGCACAUUCUCCGCUGUCGGAUUCGGAAAAGCAGCAGCUGCUAGAUGCCUCGAGGCUCCACAAUUCUGCGCCGGCCUCUAUUGCCAUUCCUCAGGACGAUGGUUCUGUACACAACACCAGUACACCUCAGGAAGGAGCUCAGUGCACCACGCCGGACUGGGACAAGCACUCUUCCAGUUCGAUGUCGGAGGUUUCGGUCGCAUGCUUGCAGGACAGGAUCCUACAAAUGGAGGAAACGCAUUACUCCACAAACGAGGAGUUGCAGGCAACUAUUCAGGAGUUAAGCGAUCUACAGGCACAACUAACAGAAUUGCAAGCUGACAAUGAAAGGUUGACUGAGGAGAAGGGAGUUUUGCUGGAGUCACUGUGUCGUCAGACGCAGAAGCUGGAGGAUUCUCGAUCCAAGGUCUACACUUUGGAGGAACUGCUCUUAAGGGAGGAACAGCCACAAGAAGCGUCUAAUGGUUAUAAUACGGAAAGGGAGCAGAAACUGGUAGAUCUUUUGAAAAGCGCGCAAGAGGAACGAGAGGCUCUACUUCUGAAGCAAGAGGAGUUAACCAGCGAACUGAAGAAUCUGAGAGCGACCGCUGACGUCAGUGCGGCGGAAACGGAACGUCUGACGAAAUGCGUCGAAUUACUGGAGGCGUCUGUAGACGCCGCAAACAACGAACGAAAGCAGCUAGACAUGGAAUUGGCGGAAGCCAGGCAGGAGGGCGCGAAUCGUAGCAUAGAAAUCAGCAGAUUAGCGACUCUGCUGGAAAAUGCGCGGGCAAAGAUCGAGGAGCUUGAGCAGUCGAGGCAGCUAGAGAACAAGAGUGAAGCGGACGAAUUGCUAGAUGCAGCCAGAAGGGAAAAGGACACAUUAGAAACACAAGCGGCAGCUCUGCAGGAACAAUUGGCGCGCUCGCAUUGCGAUCAUGAUCGAUUGCGGGAUCAAUACUCGCAGCUUCAGGAAGAAUACAAGGUGGCUCGAAAUAAUGCGAAAUCCGCCAUAGACGACUUGGAGUAUCGAUUGAUUCAGAUGAAAGACGAGCGGCUAUCCGUGAACACGGAACUGCAGCUCGUCCGAGAUUCUCUGGCGGAACUGCAGGCGCAAUGCCAACGACACCUGGAAGACAAGCGGGAGCUGAAGGCCGCGCUGAGCGAAGCGCAGCGAAGGGAACGCGAGGCGCAAACACGCCAAUACGAGUUGGAACGCGCGUUGGCCGACGAACGUAAACUGAGGCAGGAGGAAAGCGCGGAAUGGCAGCAAUUCCAGACCGAUCUGUUGAUGACCGUGCGUGUCGCUAACGAUUUCAAAACCGAAGCUCAGAGCGAGCUGGAACGCGUCGUCAUGGAGAACAAGGCGCAGAGAGACAAGCUCAGAGUGCUGGAGGCGCAGCUCGAUAAAUUGAACAAAGAUAGCACUGCAGCGAGUUGCUGUAAGACACUCGAUACCACUAACGGGGAUAAACGGAAAACGGCGAGCGUUAUACUAACGCGCGGUCGGACGAUUCUAAAGAAGCGUUAUGAUUCGAGAAAGCACAUGUUACGAAAUGGUUUGUCCAAAGUGACGACGAGCGGUUGGGACAGGCAUAAAGCGAAGCCCGAGAGCGUCAAUGUUCUCGGUCAAAACGGAUUUGAUUCGCCGGGUAAUAGCGCGAUUGCCGCGGACGAUUCGCCGGCGCUGAAGAAAGCCAUUAAACUGGAGGACAAAUUGAUUUCCGGCGAGGAGAUUGAAUUCCAUCCCGACUUCCGCAUGGGCAGCCGGCACGCCGAGUGCGCCUCCGAAAAAACAGCCGCACAUUUAACGAACGAGAAUUCGAGACAAUCGGAGAGUGAAUUUUCCAAGUUCUACUUAACUUUGAACAACAGAGAGUCAGAUGAGACUGACGGGCCGACUAAUAAAUCUCCAAUAAUUGCGAAGGAUUAUCCGAAGCUGUACGUCACCGUCACGAAUGCGUCGGAGAAGGAUGCGAUGUCCAAAAAUUCCUUAUUGAAAGGCAUUCGCGGUAUUCAACACGCCGACGGGGACUCGUACGGUAUUAACAUCUCGAACAGCCGAUUCUUCGUGUCGAAGGACUACAUAUUUUCCGGUGUGGAGUGCGCGAUGAACGAUUUGAAGUUCGAGGUCGACCCGGAAAUGGGGAAACUGUUGCAGAGGAGUUACAGCACUCCGCGGAUGGGCACGAGGCCGUCCGUUCUAGUCGACAUCGAAACAGAUCCGUCGUCUUCGGAUAACGCAAAAGCGGAAACUUUGACGGCGCCGAAGGACUCGACGAAGCAGCGCGAAGGUUCCAGACACGUAAAAACGCUUUCAGACACAUCGGCCGUGAUUCUGAGACCAAAGGAAAGCGAUAUCGUCGAACGUAGGCAGAGGCUGUUUUUGAAGAAGCGCGAUUCGAAACCGAACUGCGAAGUCAUCGACUCCCUUUUGGACGAGAAAUCGAACACGUCUACAGCGUUACAAUCUGGAAAUCACGCCGAAUCGUUAGAUAGUGUACACAAGAACGAAGAGAAAUCACGUGAAGCAAAAACGGAGAGUCAUAAAAAUUCUCCCGCAUUGAAAUCGCCUCGUUUAAAAGACGAAGCGGCAACACGGAAAAUACUGAGCAAUAAUCAAUUGUGGACAGCAAAACAUGUUAUCAUCGACGACAGCGAAAUUACGACCAAACCUACAUCUGAUGUAAACAGCAGAAGUUUCGACAGAGUCGAAGAGUCAAAAAUAGGCUCGUCUAACAAACAUAUCGAUACAAAGUCGCCGAGAUUAACAGAAAAUACAAGUGCCGAAUGUGAAGAAAAAACGAGUCCUAGCGACAUGCCAAGUGUUAUUUUAGCGAGGCGGAAAUCGUAUCCGUUAUUGACGGAAGCGUCGUCUCAAUCAGAAUAUCCCUCACCGGUCACUUCACCACGCACGUCGACAAUAAUAUUGAGUGAACAAGACGAUUUGCAGACAGGCGCAGACAAGAACGAUACUCAGAAUGGGAAAACAGCUCCGUCCGAGAGUGAAUAUCGUGCGACGAGCGCGUUAUCGCAGUCGCAAAGUAUCGCGGACUCAAAGUCCGUUUGUAAAGAUGAACCUGCGCCAAUGGGACGGACGUCGUCGUUGAAAGAAAAGUUUGAGACGAUCGUAGAGGACGUGGAGUUCAGGACUGCGCCGGGGCGGCGCUUGCAGAUAGGCAAACCUUGCGACCCUAACCAAAAGGUGAUACAACAGCCGCCACCGAGGCCGGCCAGCACGCCGACGGAGACCCAACAGUCCGUGCUGACGAGCGUGCAGCAGGAGAUCGCUGCUCGUAGGAAGGCCAACAUCUCGCGACAGGACUCGAGGCUCUCCGUGAAAUGUCUGAUCGAGAGUAUCGAGAAUGCCACGAAACAAGCUAAAGCUGGACCGGGAAGUCGUAGCAGCUCCACGUCGUCCUUGAAUUCGAUCGGAACGACGGAUAUCAUGUCUUUGAAAACUCCCCUCAGGGAUCAGCAGCAGAUCAACAAUUUAAUCUGCACGGCGAAUUCGACGAAUAACAAUAAGAUGCAAUCUACAAUCGCGAAGAAACCGGUGUCAGAGACAAAAUCAACGCCUGUGGUCUUGAGUCCGGGCGAGCUGCUGGACUCGGCAGCGUUGAACGCCAAGGCGAUCGACUUUGUGCGUCGCAACAGCGUCACCGAUCUGUCGGAGCGCAAGGAUCCUCUGUGCGGCUUAGUCAAGAACGGCGGAUCCAAACGUAACGCCUUGCUCAAGUGGUGUCAAAACAAGACGCUGGGCUAUCAGAAUAUUGACAUAACUAACUUCAGCAGUUCCUGGAACGACGGCUUAGCGCUGUGCGCGAUCUUGCACACCUACCUGCCGUGCAAAGUACCGUACGACACGUUGACGCCGGUCGAAAAGCGGCGCAAUUUCUCAAUUGCCUUCUCUGCUGCCGAGAGCGUUGGCAUACCUACUACUUUGAACAUCGGUGAAAUGUGUCAACUCGAGCGACCCGAUUGGCAACAAGUCAUGACGUACGUGACCAGCAUUUACAAGCACUUCGAGACGUAACUGAUCACCGUCCCAUUGUAUCGCCCGCCAGACGACACGUCCUACUUGUACCCGUUAAACACUCUCGAAAUCGCAAGGCGAACGAGAAAGAACAACAGCAUCUAGUCAAGCAAAUUCUAUAGGACAAGAAAGAAAGAAAUUAUGCAACAGGAACGUCCAGAGAUUCGUCAAGGAUCGUUGAAUCAGCACUGCCUACUAAUUAUAUCUCGUUACUUCACGCGCUGUAUAUACUUUCGGAUUGUAACAUAUACGGCCGUUAAAGUAUAUGCAGAGAGUUGACGGAAAAACUAAACACCAAAUGGAAUUGCUGUUAUUAUGUGAGACUGAAAACUUUAUAUAUUAUAUAUAUAUAUAUAUUUACAUAUAUAUAUAUACAUAUAUAUAUGUACACGUAUAUGCGCGCGCUUUGUAGGAGCACGGAGGACGGUAGAUUUUAUAAGAGAGAAGAAUCUUGCGUGUUAAACGAGAGAAAAGAGCUAGAUAAAGCAAGCUUUGCGAAUAGUCUUCUGCAAACCGGCACGCAGCAUAGCCUCUCGAGCAAAGCCCAAGCGCUACGCGUUUGCGAGGAGUGAAACGCGCAUUGCCUCUGCAUCGUAGUCUUUUUUACACCGUUUCCGCAACGCGAGCGAGUCGAAUCGAGUAUUGCGUUCCUCGUACCGUGAGUAUUUUUGUACGUGUAUUAUUUUUCGAGACUUUUUGUAGAGUUUACGAAAUACGAAUGUACAGAACAAAGCGCCUUAAUUUAAGAGAUCUAAUUUAUUGCAAUUAGUCGCAUUUAGUACUCUCAUCGAGCCGAGAGAUUUUCCCUAUCCACUCCCUCUCUACCCCCCCCCCCCUUUCCUCGGGAGAAAAGAAGAAUCGUUUUGCGUUUCUACUUUACAGGAAAAAGAAGGAACAAAAGGAAUUAUGUUGUGCGAAGGUUAAGUUAAGUUAAGUUCUCUGUGAUAUAGCGAGAUAGCCCCGAGACAGAGAUACAGACGUUAUCGUUAUUGCUAUUACUAUUAUUAUACUAUUAUUGCAUUAAUAUCGUCCUCAUCAUCGUUGUUGUACCAUUUAGACAAUACGGAUAUCGCUGUCUGAUGUAAAACAAUAAACUUACCUAAUGGAUAUUUAAGAUACAAUUAA